CUUUUAUUUUGAAGGUCGCUGCAGGAAUUCCCUUCUUCAUAUGAGCUUCACACUGAUUCCACCAGCUAUACAAUUACCGACUUGGCUGCAACUUUUCCAGCCCUACACGACACUUAAGAAAGUUUCCUCUGUCAACGGGAAUUCGGGUAAAACAACACGAUGGCGAAUGAAGCCAAGCCAUGCCCCUGCGACAUCGGUGAUCGGAUGGACUAUGGAGGGCUCGGCCAGGAGGUCCAGAUAGAGCACAUCAAAGCAUAUGUAGUGAAACCAUCCGCUGCAUCUGACAAGGCAGUCAUUGUCAUACAAGACAUCUAUGGGUGGCAGCUUCCCAACACAAGAUACAUGGCUGAUAUGCUGGCUGCCAAUGGAUUCAUUGCUGUCUGUCCAGACUUCUAUGUUGGAAAGGAGCCAUGGAGUCCAUCACAUGACUGGUCCAAAUUUGAGCAGUGGCUUGAAGACAAAAAGCCAACAAACAUAAACAAAGAGGUGGAUGCAGUGCUGAGGUUCCUGAAGGAGCAGUGUGGGGCCAAACACAUUGGAGCAGUGGGCUUCUGCUGGGGAGGGGUUGCCACACAUUACCUCGCCCUGCAAUACCCAGAGGUCAAAACUGGAGUGUCAGUCUAUGGGAUUGUUCGUGACACAGAGGACAGGUAUGAGCUGAAGAGUCCUACGCUGUUCAUCUUUGCAGAGAAAGAUGAGGUUAUCCCACUGUACCAGGUGAGAGUCCUUGAAGCAAAGCUGAAGGAGAAGUGCACAGUGGAUUACCAGGUGAAGAUCUUUUCUGGUCAGACUCAUGGGUUUGUCCACCGCAAGAGGGAAGACAUCAACCCCGCAGACAAACCCAGCAUCCAGGAGGCCAGGGCAGACAUGCUCAACUGGCUCAACAAGUACAUGUAAAUGAGAAGGUCGGCAGCAUCAGCACAGCGAUAAGAGCCAGUUACACAUCACGAAUGGUGCUUUUGACCACGUUUCUACACACAGAAGAUCAACUUUCACAGACAAGAUGAAAACAUGAUAAAUUUAGCGAUGCUAUUUACAGCAAGCUCAGGACAGUGAUUGAAAUCAUUUUUUUUCACAUUCCAGUUUUCCAAAUGUUAUUGUAGAUUUUAUUUUAGGGGUCUGGGUUCAUGUAUGAACAUGUA